AUGGAGUCAGCAAUUGAUAUGUACUGGUUCCACAAUGACACUCCUACUGUCGUGACUCAGAUACUUCGCGACUUGGACAAGAAGAGGAAAUUGGCUAUUGUAUUGGAACUGACUGAGCCUGCCUUUUUCCUUCCCGAGGCCACGGGCAACAGACCUGUUGUGCUUCGGGGCCGCUGCACGUUGAUUGUCAAACGGCCGCUGAAAAUCAAACAGGUCGUGGUGGCCCUGGAUGGGUUUUCGUAUAUCAGAUGGCCCAACCGAGUUCGCGAAAUGGGAAGCGUUGUCAAUUGUGCUUUGACACUGUUUAAUUCGAAGAAGGACUCAAAAUCUCAGUUCCAUUAUCAGGCGAAAGAGCCCGAGAAACUCACCGCAGCUGUCACGGAAAUUGAAGGGCCGAAGAAGAAGUUCAACAUGCUCCACAACAUUGUUGAGAAGCUCCGUCUGCGUUCCCCAAAAACCGUCCCAGAUCUCAGCCCCGAAUGCUUUGCGCCUGGAAAGUACUCUUAUGAUUUCGAAAUGAUACUGCAUUCCGGUCUCCCCGAAUCUACAUUCGUUGAGGGAACGAUAGUUCGCUAUCAUCUCAAAGCGAGCGUCAAGUGUCACUCCAUGCUCCGGGGCAUGUACAAAUCGACUGAGGUCGACGCUGUUCGCUGCCCUACCGAUGCGUACGUCGAAGACUCCGUGGGCGGCAAUUGGGCUUUGCAUGUUGACCGCGUUUUGCAUGCGGACAUUACCCUGCGGAGGAAAGGCAUCGCUUUAGAAGAUUGCCUUCCCGGCUCAUUCAAGUACAAAGGAUACAAUGACACCAAGUUCCGCAAACUUCAGGUCUUUCUGGUUGAGGACGUCAGAUAUUUCAUGCGGGACGGGACGCGGGCCGGUAAGGCUCCUUAUAAAAAGUUACUGCUAUAUGAGACUUUGAAUCACGGCCUCAGGCCGGAUGUGCACUCGCAACAAGGAGGCGAAGUCUCUGAAGAGGAGCUCAACAUCUUUGAAACAAAAUCGACAAGAUUCCCUAUAUCUUCUAACAACUGUGACACUCCUGACGGCGAUGCCCCUCCUCCUACUGAAACGAUUGGCUUCGACUUCGAGCUAAAGAUGCCUAAGUGCAAAUCGCACAGAGGUGCUCCAGAAUUCAGAUACAUGCACUAUGACACGAAACUUCGGAGUGUGGCGGUGUCACACUUCUUUGAGUUUCAGGUGUAUGUUUUUAUCAAUGGCAGGCCCGCUACAAAACCUUUUGAACGACUGGUCCCCUUGACGCUUCGCUCGUGUUACACUCAUGAAGGCAACACAACCUUGCCUCUCUACUGCGAGGAGCGUUUGCCGGUUUACUCAUUGCUUUCCCCGGAUGCCCCAGCGUCGACUAUUGAUCAUGAUCUAUGA